GCGCGGCGUAGGCGUGGAAAAAACAUAAUGUCAAUGGCGAGUUCGCCUCUAGAAGAGCUUGUAUUGGCUCAGCCCCGUCCCCACCCCGCCCCGCGGCCCUCCCUUUUCUUCUCAGGCGAGUAAUGGCUGCUCCCGAGACCCAGAGGGCUGCUGCCCGACUGGAGGAAGACGAUAGUAGAGGCCGCAGCGAAGUCCGGGGUGUAGGUUAUGAGGACAGUAAGGAUUGUAUCCUAGAGCCGCUUUCCCUGCCAGAAAGUCCAGGUGGCACCACCACUUUAGAAGGUUCUCCAUCUGUGCCUUGUAUUUUCUGUGAAGAACAUUUUCCUGUGGCUGAACAAGACAAACUUCUAAAGCACAUGAUUAUUGAGCACAAGUUUGUCAUAGCUGAUGUCAAGUUGGUUGCCGAUUUCCAAAGGUACAUUUUAUAUUGGAAGAAAAGGUUCGCUGAACAACCCAUCACAGAUUUCUGUAGUGUGAUAAGAAUCAAUUCCACAGCUCCAUUUGAAGAACAAGAAAAUUAUUUUUUGUUAUGUGAUGUUUUACCAGAAGAUAGAAUUCUUAGAGAAGAGCUUCAGAAACAGAGAUUGAAAGAAAUUCUAGAACAGCAGCAGCAAGAACGAAAUGAUACCAAUUUUCAUGGCAUUUGUAUGUUUUGCAAUGGAGAAUUCCUUGGAAACAGAUCUGUUCUUUUGAACCACAUGGCCAGAGAACAUGCUUUCAACAUUGGAUUGCCAGACAACAUUGUAAAUUGCAAUGAAUUUCUGUGUAUAUUACAGAAAAAGCUUGACAGUUUGCAGUGUUUGUACUGUGAGAAGACCUUUAGGGACAAAAAUACACUUAAAGAUCACAUGAGGAAAAAACAGCAUCGUAGGAUCAAUCCUAAGAACAGAGAGUAUGACCGAUUUUAUGUCAUCAAUUACUUGGAACUCGGAAAAUCAUGGGAAGAAGUUCAGCUGGAAGAUGAUCGGGAGUUGCUAGACCAUCAGGAAGAGGACUGGUCUGAUUGGGAAGAACACCCUGCCUCUGCUGUCUGCUUAUUUUGUGAAAAGCAAGCAGAAGCAAUCGAGAAAUUGUAUGUCCACAUGGAGGAUGCACACGAAUUUGAUCUUCUCAAAAUAAAAUCAGAACUUGGAUUAAAUUUCUAUCAACAAGUGAAACUGGUCAAUUUCAUUCGGAGGCAGGUCCACCAGUGUAGAUGUUAUGGCUGCCACAUGAAGUUCAAAUCCAAAGCAGACUUAAGGACUCACAUGCAAGAAACUAAACAUACUUCACUGCUUCCUGAGAGAAAGACGUGGGAUCAACUUGAGUAUUAUUUUCCAACCUAUGAAAACGACACUCUCCUGUGUACACUGUCUGACAGCGAAAGUGACCUGACAUCUCAGGAACAAAAUGAAAAUGUUCCCAUCAUCAGUGAAGAUACAUCUAAACUUCAUGCUUUGAAACAAAGCAGUAUUUUGAACCAGUUGCUACUACAAGAGUGCUUUAAAAAGUAGAAACUACUACAGAAGCAAUGUAGUUUUCAUGUUUUUCUCUUAGGAGAUAGACAUGAAAGAAUAGUUUAAAUCUGAAGGUCAACAAAGGAUUAGUCCUUGGUGAAAUAAAACUUUUCAAAAAUGAAUGUUCUUUUCAGAAACUAAAACUGAAAAUAAAAUGAAGACUCUUUGUAUUCUGGCUAUAAAGUUUCAUUGUAUGAGCAUCUCAAAUGGUCUCAUUUCACUAAACCUGUAAUUAUCUGUAG